GAGCUCAACUAUUUGCCCAGACCAUUAUAAUUGUCCCCGUCAACCAAAUCACCACAUAUCAACGAGCUCAACUCUUCCUCGUUCCACCUCCCAUCACAUCUCCAAUGGCAGCUCCUCGUUCCAGUUCGUUGCGCGCUCUCCGCGUGCUCUCCCAGCAGCACUCUACCACCCCAUCCAUCCGUCGGGGCUUGCACAUCACCGGCGCCCAGUCUGCACAACCCGCCAAUGUCUCGGACAGGGCUUCUCUGUAUGCCAGCCGCACUCUGGCGGAUCUGAAGAAUGAAUGUGCGAAGCGGUCCUUGAGAUCUAGUGGCUCCCAGUCCGAGCUUGUCGAACGCCUUUCCAACCAUGACUUUCUUCAGUCCCGUGCCUUCAGCAUCGCUAUGAAGAGGAUCAACGGCAGCUCUAGCGCUGAGAAGAACCAUGGCCGCCAAUUCAACACUUCCCGUUCUAGCAAGGCCGUCGGUGACUCAUCCACCGUUGACUUCGCUUACAUGCCAUCUAUGGCAGAGAUCGAUGCACCUGCUGCUCGUGCCGAUCCGCAAAUCCCGAUCCUUUCCGACAUCUAUACCCACUAUGACCCGACCCAGUCGCAAGAGGCCCCCAUGAGGCCCCAGGUUUAUACCGUGUCCGGGGGUGCUGGUGACAUCUCCGCAAGUCCCAUGACCGAGGUUGUUGACAAUCACUCCGUGGACAUCGAUCCCUUCUCCCUAACCGAGACGGUUGGGAAGUCCAGAUUCGGCGAGGAGCUGAAGAGGCAACAGAACGGUACCUCCGAACCAGGAGUCGUCCGGGAACUUUGGAGUGGUUUCUUGGAAGAUCUUUUAGGUUCCAAACAGCAGCAAGCUCAGAAACACUAAUGCUGCCUUCAUGUUUGAUUAUGUCUUCUGU